AUGUCAGAAGUACAACUUUCAGUUUCGGAGUCUAGCUCGGGCGGUGAUACCGUGGAUAAGAAUGAAAACAAUUCCGAGACGAAUGACCAGAUUAAUGAAACUAAUACUAGGGUGGAAGAAAGAAAUUCCGAAGACUCCAAUGGGGAAUUAGAGCACGAUACACAGAAAGAUACAGAUGGGGAGCACGAAGAAGAGCUCAAAUUGGCAUCUCAUCAACCGAAAAACCAACGGGAGAUUGACCGUCGAUCAGUCUACGUGGGAAACAUCGAUUACUCUGCUACAACUGCUGAUUUGAAAAAGGUUUUGGAUGAUUGUGGAGAAAUCAACAGGAUCACCAUUUUGUACAAUCACUACACAGGUCGGUCAAAGGGUUUUGCGUAUGUUGAAUUCAACGAUGUUGAGGGUGCAAAGGCGGCAAUUGAGUUGAAUGGAACUGAAUUGUACUCGAGGGCCUUGACAAUUCAGCAGAAAAGAACCAACAUUCCUGGAAUGGGCAGAAGAAGACAAAGAAGAGGUGGCUUCCGAGGUGGAAGAGGUAGAGGUGGAUUUAGUGAGCCAUACAGAGGUCGCAGGUGGCGUAAUGAUAAACAAGGUGAAGGUGAAGAAGAGGGUAAUGCAAUUUCACAUGAGCCAGAAUCGGAUGAGAUCUCACAUCAUGAGGCAUCAUCUGAGCCUGCUUCCAAAGAAGGGGAGGCAGAUUUAUGA